GCAUGAAGGUGAGCGGCGGCAGCUGCGACUGGUGUGUCUGUGAUUUUAUACCGUGAAACGUCGGAGGACACGUCGGCGGAACAGGCAGAGGAGCCGGCGGUUGAAGCAGCGAGAUGGAGAGUCCCGGGGACAGCGGCGUCCUCCGGUCCCGCUACAGACCCGUACCCAAGAUGCCCACCUUCUCCGACCUGGACGACUCUCUGGACGGGGAGCUCAGUCCGGAGAAGCACCAGCUGGAGAACGGAGAGGUCCACAUGAGCAGCAACGGGCGAAUUGAGGUGGAGCAUGUGAUCAGCAAGAAGCUGCAGCUGAAACGGAAAGCAGAGCACCUGAAGAGUGACCUGAUGCGUCAGUUCGACAGCCAGGUCAACGACUUCAUGGACAGUCUCAUUGAAGAGUCAGCCAGUCUGGAGCCUGCACCGGUGCCGGCUGUCUUCUCUCCUCCGCUGUCGGACAAGGAGAGGAGCAAACUCAGACAUUUCCGUCCUCCUCACGGCCAGGGGAAGCAGUUUGUCAGCCGCAGGUCCCUCCUCGACGAGCUGUUUGAGGUGAACCACAUCAGGACCAUCUACCACAUGUUCAUCGCUCUGCUCAUUCUCUUCAUCCUCAGCACGCUGGUGGUAGAUUUCCUUGAUGAAGGCAGACUGGUGCUGGACUUCGACCUGCUGGUCUACGCCUUUGGACAGUUUCCCCUGGUGGUGUGCACGUGGAUCUGCAUGUUCCUGUCUGUGCUGCUGGUUCCUUACAGCCUGUUCCACCUGUGGUCACACAGUCAGUCGUACAGUCGCUCUGGGACGUACAGUUUGCUGUUUGGCUCCGUGUUCCUGCUCUACCAGGCCCUGGGGCUGGGAUUCCUGCCCACGUACGUGGCGGUGACCAACAGUUUGCCGCCCGCUUCCUGCUUCAUCAUCAUUCUGGAGCAGGUCCGUCUGAUGAUGAAAGCUCACUCGUUUGUCCGGGAGAAUGUGCCAAAAGUCCAGACCUGGGCUAAAGACAAGACCAGUCCUGGUCCGGUGGUUCCUCAGGUUUCUCAGUAUCUCUAUUUCCUGUUUGCACCCACACUCAUCUACAGAGACAAAUACCCCAGGAACCCUGUGAUCAGAUGGGGCUACGUGGCCACCAAGUUGCUUCAGGUGCUCGGCUGUCUGUUCUACGCCUACUACGUGUUUGUGCGGCUGUGCAUACCUCAGUUCCACAGCAUCAGUCUGCAGCUGUUCGACCUGCGUGCCAUGGUCCUCUGCGUCUUCAACUCCAUCCUGCCAGGAGUGUUGGUUCUCUUCCUGGGCUUCUUCGCCUUCCUCCACUGCUGGCUCAAUGCUUUUGCUGAGAUGCUCCGCUUCGCUGACAGGAUGUUCUACAAGGAUUGGUGGAACUCAACCUCUUAUGCCAACUACUAUCGCACCUGGAAUGUGGUGGUCCACGACUGGCUGUAUUACUACGUGUACCGAGACUUUCUGUGGAUGUCUCAGAAGCGUUUCCGACCCGCCGCCAUGCUGUUCGUGUUCACCGUGUCCGCCGUGGUCCACGAGUACAUCCUGGCCGUUUGCUUUGGCUUCUUCUAUCCCGUGCUCUUCUGCCUCUUCAUGUGUUUUGGAAUGAUGUUCAACUUCAUCCUGCACGACCAGAGGAAAGGUCCCAUCUGGAACAUCAUCAUGUGGACGUCUCUGUUCCUGGGUCAGGGCGUCAUCAUCUGCCUGUACUCCCAGGAGUGGUACGCUCAGCGCUACUGCCCCCUCAAAGAGCCUUCCUUCCUGGAGCUGCUGAAGCCUCGGUCCUGGAGCUGCCAGAGAGGCCUGACGGACUCCGCCGGGCUGUGACACUGAGCUGGGACUACCGGGAGGAGGAGGAGGAGGAUCAAUAUAACUCAGACCAGCCUUUCUGUUACUGUCAUAACUUGUUUUAUUUUAUUGCACUAAGAGUCUGUUUAUGGAAGAGUGUCUGCCGAAAUGCCAAAAACAAAAACACAGCAAAGCCACAGUGAUGCCUUAUACGUAUGUUUUAAGUUUUCGAAGGCGAAACCCAUCAACAAAAUCCCCGGUUCACACGAUAACACUCGUGAACUCCUAUUUUUAUGUACUAUUUAUUUUUCUGACGUCUCCCUUUGCCUUGAUCUACUGUGAAACACAUCCUGGUGCCAACACGACAGUGGCAGCGACGACGUGGCAGCUCAGCGCAAACAUUACACAAUACAAACACCGUAUGCAGUGACGGUUAAUGUUUAACGUCAGAGUGUGUUGUUUUGGAAAAGACUUGCAUGGACAAUCUUAUUUAUUUCCACUGCCGACGAGAUUUAUUGUGCAAAACGACCAACUGUUGGGCGUUCUGUAUAAAUCUGAGGAACGGUGGUUUCUGUAUUACGACUUUAAGAUUGCACCGAUCUCAUCCGAACGAGAACACGACGUGAUGGGGAAGCUGUUUUAUAAUAAAUCAGGAAUUCGUAGAGCAAAGCAUCGUGGCACAACUGAACUCCUGCAUUUUCCCAUUUUUGAGCCACACGUUAGGACUCGUUAAUUAUUCUAAUCUGAAUAUGACAAGCUGAAGGAGAAUGUGAGAGAACUGUGUGAAGUUAAUUUAUUCGAUGACUGCUGGAUGUAUUCUUGAACGAGCGUCGCACAGAAAGCUUUCUUGGGAAUGUUGUAUUUUGUUUAAGCGUCGUGAUUUCAGCCGCAGCGUGAAAUCACUUCAGAUGAACUACUACUGUAAAACCUGCAGCUGGCUGCUAGAAUGUUCUAACCCCGGGGUGGUGGUGGUGGUGGUGAUACUUGAUUAGCACUAAGGGCUACAGUUUGUAUUGUCACAUACUCAGCACGAUAAACGAGGGUGUGUUGUUUAAAUCAUGAACGUGUACGUUUUACACAACAGUAAUUUUGAUGUUACACGAAUGGAAGAAGGUGUUUAAUGUGCUUUUAUGGUCUUGGAAUCGAUGUUUGUAUUAUUUUCGGGGGAGUUAAUGCACAGUGAAUGGUGCCAAUUCUAUUUCAAUGCAGGGAGAUGAUUGUUUGUGACUGAUGAGAUGCACAGUGAAAAACCAGCAACUUCAUAGAACUGGACGACCACAAGGUGGCGCUGUAAUAAAGCUUUUAAUUCUGAUCCUCACCCCAAAAAAGAAGAUUCCCUCGAUUUCUUCACAAAAUUAACAAAAACAACUAAUUAUUUUUCAAUAUGCACAGAUAACUGGAGAAAUAUUGGACUUUUAAUCCAUCUCGAGAUUUGAAGUUUUAUUCUUAAACUCUUGGUAAUAAAGAUAAUAUUUAUUAUAGUCAAGAGCCAAAUGCAGAUGUGUUGUGUGUUCAGAUGAGUGGGGGCAGAGAUUGGCUCACUUUCUGUCACAUGUGAGUUUAUUAUGAUUGAUUGAUUUUUUCUGACAUUGAAUGACUUCUUGUGUUUGGUGACAUUUUAUGAAUCAGUUGGUCGAUUUUUCUAAUUCUUGAUGCUUUCCUUAAACAUCAAAGUGUAACAACCAUCAAAUAUAAAUAAAGGAAAAGUUUAUUCUCAUCA